CGCCUGAACGAGAACUACCCUGCCUGUGUCGCCAUCGCCGCCGUCAUGUACUAUUUUCUGUCAGCGUCGUUCCUCUGGAUGAACGUCAUGAGCAUCGACAUCUGCCGAACGUUUCACUCCAACAGGUACAAAAUCAAAUCUAAAAAGAUCUUCAUCCAAUACUCAAUCUACGCCUGGACGGUCCCAUUAUUAAGCACCGUCAUCGCCGUCUUCGUGGACCAGUUCUCCUCUGAGACCUUUGUGCUGACACCGCAGUUCGGGACGCAUAACUGCUGGUUCAACAACAAGUGGGGCCUUGUCAUGUUCUUCACCUUCCCGUCCGGCCUCGUCGUCCUCUUCAACAUGGUGCUCUAUGGAUCUCCCGUCUACGACAUCUACAGGCAGCACACGUUCAGGCGAGUGCGCUCGUCGACCGUGAGGAAGAACGGACCAGCCGAGGAAGAAGAAAAGCUCGGGAGGGGGGAGAAUGAGAGGGAGACGUGCCUGAAAGAAGUCCGACACGGACGGCACGGAGACCAUGCCCCGAAGGACAAGAGCAGUGAUGAAAAUCGCUCGUCUUCCGGGAGUAUCCUCUUCAUCAUUUUUCAAAACGGGCUUCAGGGAACCUUCAUCUUCAUUGCCUUCGACUGCAAGCAGAAGCAAUGGGACGAACGCAAGCAAAGGUUCAGAGGAGAGACGCCUUGCAGAGUGGAGCAAAGUCGUCCUUCAAGUACAGAAACAAACGUCAAGACGAUCUCGUCAUCAGGAGGUCACUACACAGUACCGGUGUCUUCCAAUCAACGGCACAGGACAGGGCUACUUUGGUACUCAUCCAACGCACAAGAACAGGCAUAUUCCCGUCCCCCGAAACGAAUCAUUCGUGUAUGA